AUGUCUGCGAAACAAUUCUCCAGCCAGCACCUCCACACCCUCAAAACACAUAAUGGCCCCGUCAAUGCCAUCACAUUCUCCAGCUCCCCGGGAACCUACCUGCUAACAGGAUCCUCCGAUCGCUCAAUCCACCUCGCGCGCGCAGUCCCCAGCAGCACGAACACGUACCCCGCAGAAUCCACCGCCCCAAUCCAACGCUACGAAGCCCACGGCUACUCCGUCCUCGACAUCGCCGUGACCGCAGAUAAUGCGCGCUUCGCCAGCGUAGGCGGAGAUCGCGCUGUCUUCCUCUGGGAUGUAGAACAGGGUAUUACAACGCGUCGCUGGAGCGGGCAUAACGCGCGUAUCGAAGCGGUGCAGUUUGCGGGUGAGGGGGAUGCGGUUGUUGUUUCUGGCAGCGCAGACACAACAAUAAACCUUUGGGACGCCCGCGCCUCCUCCCACAAACCCCUCCAGACCCUCCCCGAAGCCACCGAUACCGUUUCCACACUGCACGCGCAUAUGCCAUUAUACUCAAUAGUCAGCGGGAGCUACGACGGGCGCGUACGGAUCUACGAUAUCCGUAUGGGACAGACAACAGUCGACGUACUUGGUGCUCCGGUGACUAGCGUACGGUGCUCGGGGGAUGGAAAUGCGGUGCUUGUUAGUACGUUGGAUGGAAGGAUUAGGGUGCUUGAUCGGGGAGAUGGGAAAUUGCUCAAGGCUUUUCCGGGGGAGAAGGAAAGGGAUAAGGAGGGGGAAGGACCGGUAUAUCGGAACGAGGAGUUGCGGAUUCGAUCUGUUUUCGCUGUGAAUGAUGGGGUCGUGCUUAGUGGGAGUGAAGCUGAGAAGGGCGAGGAGGAUAAAGGGGCUUGGGGUGGACGGUUUGUCCAAGCAGGUAUUCAAUCGCAGUCCCAAUCUAAGAAGCAAGCUCAAGCGUAUGUGUUUGCUUGGGAUGUGUUGAGUGGUGAGGCUAUUGCGAGUGUUCCUGCUGGGGAGGGCGUGAGGGCUGUUAGUUGUGUGGCGUGGAAUGAGAAACGGGAGCAGUGGGCUGGGGGAUGUUCGGAUGGGACUGUUAAGGUGUAUGGUUGAUGGAUAUCCAGUGGUAUGGUUUUACAACUUUCUUUCCAUGGAAGGAUAUCCCUGGUGAUUCGUGAGACAGCAGCCAGUCACUCAAUCUCCUAUCAAGAUACUGGUUCAAGCCAUAGCAGGGUAUGGAAGACAACCCCGGCACUGGCAACCUGGACAACCCGUUAUCGUCCAGUGUGUUUAAUCUAAACUGGACGACUUCCUCCGAUGUCAGCGUGAUCACCAAGAAUACAAGCCUGACUACAAGUCCAGAUAUGAGAGAUGAAUAUAAUGAGUAGCGAACCGCUAUUUCUUCUGUCAUGUACUAUACAUACCCGCUCCAGCUGAAUCUUAAUACAUGGGUUCUGUUCACUUUUCUGUUCUGUUUUCCACGACACCACAACACCCAAGGCUCAAAAAAGAAAAAAAGAGAAAGAGAA